CAAAAAAAAAAAAAAAAAGAAAAAGGAAAAAAAGAAAAAAAAGAAUAAAAAUAGGAUUUUUCCUGUACUGUUAUACUAAAGUAUUCUUAUUCUUGUUCUUUUCAUUUUCUAUGUUAAUCUAGAUUCGGUUGGGGUUAGUACUAUACAUGUAUUAUGUAUAAUCCAAAUUCUUCUUGUCUGCUGCUGAUGUUCAGGACUCAUUAUCAGAUUUGUGAAUAGUGAGUAGGAACUUCAUAGAUGUGAAGGUGCUUAGUUAAUUGGAUUCUUUAAUUUGAGCACGGAUAAUCCUUUGGAGCCUUGAAGAGGAGAAGGCAGCUUAUCUGUGCAACCUUGGAUCAGACAAUGCGCAUCUGCAAAAGGUAAAAAGGCAGCACGUCUAUGCAUGCCUUGUGAUUUUUUAAAUAAGAUUUUGCUAUGCGUGUUUUCUUCUUGUUCGUCGAUGUUUCAUGGGCCACUGGACAUCAUUAUGUACAGUGAGAUUACACAUUGUAAAUCUUAUUCAAACUCAGAGGGUUUCUAGAAAGAGAUGCAGAGUUUGAGGAAACGUCUCAUCAAGUUGAAUGCUUGUAAGUCAUCCUCCAUUGUUAUUUGUUAUCCCGUAGUGCAAUAUGGCUUUUUCUCUUAGCGCUCGAGGUUCCACAUGUAAGCAUCAUCUGUUCGUUCUUUGCCUUUCCAUAAUUCGAAUUCGUGCCUGUUUUAUGCUUCUUAUUGUAUGUUGUUAAUUGCCACACUAGUUUGCACUUGUUUAAUUCACAACAGUUGGUUGGAUGUCUUGACUCUUAUCUCCAAUCUUAUGCUCAACUACUCCCUUGGUAUCCUUUUGUCUUGUGUCUCUUUCAGUUUGUGGCUGGAUAUCAAGAGUAGGGGACUUUAGAAAUCUAUUCUGGUAUAUGUGUCAGAUGAUACGUUAAUUGUUGUGUGCCUAUGUCAUAGGUCACUGGCAGUAUCUAUCAUGAUGUCCUGCUAGGCUGCUAUUGCUUGAGGCUGUAAUGGACAACCAAACCAAGCCUAUUUAUGUUGUGUGGGUUGACUAAUUUUACACUGCUAAUGAGAUUGAUUGCUAGAGAUUGGAUUACAGAUGAGAAAUCUAUGAACAACUAUAUGCUCAGGUGCCCUGGAGGUCCAAAGUUAAGUGAGCAUUGUGAUUGAUAUAAUUAGCUGACUUGAACAAACAAUUAUGGACGUAUUGUGUAUGGCCACCUGUUUACUAAUAGCAGACCAGAAUUAAAGUUAAACAAAGGAUAGCGAGAAACAUAGCCCUAAUAACCACUGAACAACAUGUGAUUGUUGCAAACUCGAUGCUUAUCCAUAGCUAUUAAGAAUAUGAUUUGAUAAAACUUCUUUACAAUGCCCUCCUUUGCAGCUAAGUAGGAAGGUAACAGAAGUGCAUGGACACAGUUAAUUAAGUGAAUUUGUUUUGGUCGUCAUGUUUGUUUCUGCAUCUUAACCUCAUCAAUUCAGAAAGUGCAAUUAGAUUGCUGUUCCUUCCAUUUGUUUCUUUCACAGUUUUGAAAAUUUAAAGUGUCAACUGUUUGUUGAUGUUGUCUUUGUUAAGUCAGGCAGCUUAUGCUUAUUUUUCUACGAUUGGCACAUCUAUGAUUUUUAUGAAUCCAAAUUUUGACCGCCUUAUCUUCGUGCACCUUUCUUUGCAUGCAUGACUGACUGAAUCUUUGUUGUGAAGAGUCAUCUAUCUGACUUGCAAGAGUUGCAACAUAUCCUCAUGUUUCCCCGAAUCUUCUUUCUAUCUGUAAUUGAAUGUUUUAUUCAGAUCCAAUUGUUGCUUAUACAUGAGCUUUUUUUUUAUUUUUCUUCCGUUAGGCAUAUGAAAGUUAGGCUUAUACAAUUGGAUUGCAUCAAGGGUCUGCAUUAAGCCCUUUCCUUUUUGUAACGUUCUAGAUGAAGUAACUAGACCAAUCCAAGAUGAAGUCCCAUGGUGUAUGCUGUUUGCGGAUGAUAUCGUUUUGGUGGAUGAAAAUAAAGAUGGGGUUAAUGCCAAGUUGGAGCAAUGGAGGCAAAGAUUGGAAUCUAGAGGGUUUAAGCUGAGUCGGAGUAAGACUGAAUAUUUAGUAUGCCGCUUUGGUACUCGGAGGGGGACAAGCAAUGAGCUGGUGAGUUUGGGUGGAAAGGACUUGACCAUGAGCGAAUGUUUUAAAUAUCUUGGGUCGAUCAUCCAGAAAAAUGGUAACAUUGAUCAAGACGUGGCCUACAGGAUUAAGUCGGGGUGGCUUAAGUGGAGAGCGGCCACGGGAUUGUUAUGUGACCGAAGCAUUUCCUUACAAUUGAAGGGAAAAUUCUACUGGACUGCAUAAGACCAGUGUUGCUCUAUGGUAUAGAAUGUUGGGCUUCUAAGAAGGAGCACAUUAAAAAGAUAGAGGUUACGGAAUUACGAAUGUUAAGGUGGAUGUGCGGGAACACUUUAAGAGAUAGAAUCAAAAAUAAGGUUAUUCGUAAGAAGGUAGGUGUGGCAGACAUUGCAGACAAACUAAGGGAAAAUCGUCUGCGUUGGUUUGGGCAUGUAAGACGGAGACCCGAGGGUGCACCGGUACGAAGAGUGGGACCAUGGAGGGGUUAAACGAGGGAGAGGGAGACCAAAAAUGACUUGGUUGGAAUGAGUUAGGAAGGCUAUGAAGUAUAUGAAUUUGCAUGAGGAUGAGGCAUUGGAUCGUAAGGGAUGGAGGAGGAGGAUCUUUGUCGAUGAUAACACGGAAUAAUCAAAUUUGGUUCAUGUAGCCGACCCCACUUAUGGGAUUAAGGCUUUGAUUGAUUGAUUGAUUGAUUGAGGCAUAUGAAAGUUGUACCAAUGAUCUAAUUCUGAAAGUUUAUUAUUUGAUCUCUUUUUUAGGGAUUAGGGCCUUUAGGGGAGCACUGCCUUGCUCAUGCAUGUAACAGCCUUAGCCGCCAAGAGUAAAAGUGAAAACCACCUAAAGUUUGGGAUCAAUUUCAGACAUUAAAAUCUUUUCUCACAAAUUAGUAAAAGGUGACAAUUAUGUAACAAUGUCUUAUCAGCUGAACCAUAAUAUACACCAAUUCAACUGAAUCAGAGCUAAAAUAUGUGCUUCUAAGCUCCUCUUAUUCUGGAAGGCCUCUGUGGAUAUUUAUUUCGUUAUGCAAACAUAUUGCCAUAUUGAUGUCGAAUAUUUGUAAUGCCAGUAAUAUCAUCAAAGAGGUGGAAACAUGCUUUAAGGCAAUUUUGUGGGCUAGUAGUGUAACUUCUUAGAAAUCUCCGGUUUCUUGGGAGAAGAUUUGUUUUUAUUGUUUUGCUGGUGGUCUGAAAGCAAAAUUCUGUAUGUUCGCGACAAAUUAUUGGUCACAAAGCUUUCACUGGGCUUUGUCUGACAAAAUUGAUAUAUUGUGGCUUAAGUGGGUACAUUGUAAUUACAUUAAAGGCAAAUCAGACUGAGAUGUGCCUAUCAAAAGCAACAUGACUAAGAUUACUUGGAUUCUUAGAAAUAAUUUGGCUUAUAGAGCCAUAAUUAAUUGGUGGGUUGUUUCAGUUGACCUUUAGAAAAGGGUUCAGUUUUCAAUGCAGUAUGCUUGUAAUUGUGUUUUGUAUUCUUAACCUGAAGUUCCUUGGAGGAGGAAUACAUGAAGUUUGCUAGUCGUAAAUGCAAAGUUUAUUACAUUGCUUGUGCUAUGUGUAUGAUGCUGAGCAUGGAUUAAUGAGACGAUUGUUUUUAGACACUCUUGUGGAGACACCAUUUGGCAGAUUGUGCUUCAAAUUCUACAUUAUUUUAAAAUCUCUCAAUUUUUCGAUAAAGAAGUGAAGUGACUCUCUCAGGCUUUGAGAAGAAAGAUUAUAGGAAUAUGUACUGUUUGAAGUCAUAAAACAGAAGAAUGUUAACUGUAAUCUGUCUGCAGGGCAGUUUAAUAAAACUAUAACAUCCUCUAUGUAUCUAGUAGUUGCAGUGAAUGGACUACAGACCUGCUUUUGUGGUUGGGGCUUUUCUGCAUCGAUGUGAUCUGUUAGCUGGUGGCCAGGCCUGAGCUGGUUCUUCUCUGGUUGUGCUUCCCUUUUUCAUAGCACAUGAAGUACUGCCCUUGAAUCCUCCUAGUAGAUGGGUUGGGUUGGAAUGCUGAUGCUUGUGGGAGCUUGGCCUCUUUCCUGCAUACUUCAGUUGUUUUACCUUUUUGGUUGCUCUAUUAAUUUGAUUUGUUCCCAAAUCCUUGUAUCUGGUUGCUACUUUAUGCUGUUAUGUUUCUGUUUUGGGUUUAAAUUUCAUUUCACUUGCCAAAAAAAGUUAAAUUAUAUUUGUCAGAUUUCAACAUCUUGUAAACAAACAGCCAUAUACAGAAUUACAGAGAUACCUCUUUCUGUAUCUACAAUGCAAACAGCAGAACUGUAAUACAUACUAACAGUGCUACAGAACAACACAGCUUUUCUGGUAUUUUGUACAGCCUCUUAACAACUUUUUCCACAAAACAAUUUGAGCUAAUGUCCAGGCUUCAUGAUCUUCAAUUUCUAUCAAUCCGCCUGAACCCUUUUCUUAAAAUCCCUGGGAUCAAUGAUAUCUCAAGAAAAGAUACUAUGGAUUUUCCUUUUCCCCUUGACAGAACAUACAUUUUACUUUUAGGAACGACUGAUGAAUACUCUAUUAGCUUUUUUCCGAACGUUUUAGUGCUUUUCGAUCUCAAGCUGCAAGAUCAUCCUUUAUAUGUGAAGUUGUCAAAAGUUAUGAUCUUUGGAUGCCUUGUUCUUAAUAAUUAAAUAUAUUGUUUUAAUUAAUUUUUGUGUAUCUCAGCUUCAGGAAUAGUUUAAAUAUCACUGUUUUGUGGAAUUUCCCAUCAAUCUUCAAUAGCAACUGUCAGAAUGUAAGGAGUGGAUAAGCAUUAUCAUGGAGUCAUGGACACUUUUACGACAUUGGUGCAAGUUACAUGUACGUGCAUGCAAUGGAUGGGAACACAGCAAGGAAUGAUAUUAUGUACAUAUGAUGCUUUUUCUGAUAAAUAAUAUGCACUCAUUAUAUGUUAAUUUAUAACUAUCAAUAACGUAGAUGACAUGUUUGGGAGUAGGAGUGGAUAAGCAUUAUCAUGGAGUCGUGGACACUUUUACGACAUUGGUGCAAGUUACAUGUACGUGCAUGCAAUGGACGGGAACACAGCAAGGAAUGAUAUUAGUACUUCUCUCUUCCACUCCUUUAAGUGAUGGCUGCAGCCACUGACGUCCCCGAACCGUUAAAAUAUCAGACUUGGACCUUGAGAGUUCCGAUACACUGUGAAGGUUGCAAGAAGAAAGUGAAGAAAAUUCUCCAAAAGCUCGAUGGUGUUUAUCUGACAACAAUUGAUGCUCAACAACACAAGGUUACUGUAACUGGCAGUAUAGAUGCUCAGACCCUCCUUCACAAACUAGCCAAGUCUGGUAAACCUGCAGAAUUAUGGGCGGAUAAUUCUGUGAAGAACAAGAACAUGCUUGAAACUCCUAGUAGUGCGAAAGAACAGACUAAGCACAAAAAAGAAAGCGAUGGGAACAACAAAAAUCAGAAAACACAGGGAAAAGCUAAUGAAGAAGCCGGUCAGGAAAAAGAAAAAAAAUCAGCUGAUAAUCAUGCAAAUCCUGCAAAAACUGUUAAAGGAGGUGAAGUCUCUGAUAAGGCUCCUCUUGAUGGUGAUAAGCCGUUACAGUUAGAAAAUGCAGGCGGAAUUGACGGCGUUGAUGGGAAGAGCAAUGGCAACAGUAGUGAUAAAAAGAAGAAAAACAAAACUAAAGGAAACAAUGGUAAUGCUGGAAACGAUGAGAAGUCGAAACCUCCAGCAUCAACUCCACCUGUAUCAGUACCAGAAGCUGCACCAGUACCACCUGAGACCCCGGCACCUGCACCAACUUCGGUACCUACAGAAUCUCCAAUUCCUGCAGAGUCACCAGUGCCUACAGAAACACAAGCCCCAGCACAAGCAAAAUCAAAAUCAAAAGCAAAAGCACCGGCACAAGCACCAGCACCAGCACCAGCAGACGGGUUUUCAGGGCAUUCGAUGCACCAUGGAAACCCCAUCGAGCCAAUGAACUUUGGACCUUCAUCUAAUUAUGGACCUCCUAAUCAAGGUUACCCAAAUGGGCCGUAUCACAGUCCUGACAAUAUGGGUCCUCCAAAUCAGCAAAGUUACAUGUACCCUCCUGCUCAUUACCCACAACCUCAGCUCGGAAUGAGUUACAAUAUGGCACAACCCAGCAGUAGUACCUCGUACUACGCUCCACCAUACUAUGCCUAUGAAUACCCACAGUAUCAUACAAUGCAUAUUCCGCCUCCACCACCACCAUCGAAUCCAAUCAAUGAGUUCUAUCAUGAUGAUCAGUAUUACAACGAUAAUGCAGAUGAAAGUCGAUGUAGUUUGAUGUAGUAUCAUAGAUUCAUAUUUGCUUCUAGGAUUAUGAAUAACAUAUGCACUAUACUGUCAAACAUCAAAGAGAGAGCAAAAUGAAAAUUUUGUUAAAAUUCAGGGUGGAAAUUAUAUUUUCUUCCUGUAUUAAAAUUCGUAGUUAGGUAUUAUCCUAGACUAGGCUAUUCUGUUAGUCUGUUAGAAUAUGUAUAUUUCCUUAGUUGUGACUUGUGAGGACUAAAGAUCUUGCCUUUUCUUUACUAUCUGACGUGCAUCCCCCUUAAUUCUGAUAUGUAAAGACAUACUUUUUAGUUAACUUUGUCCUUUUCCUUUUCACUUUCCAUUUUUGUUCUGUAUAUGAGGUUA